AUGGAGAGCGGCGGGGCGCUGAACGGCUCCGCCGCCGCCGCCGGGCGCUUCGCGGCCGCGGGCACGGCGGCGCUGGGCGCGCUGAUGGCCCUGCUCAUCGCCGUCACCGUGGCGGGCAACGCGCUGGUGAUGCUGGCCUUCGUGGCAGACUCCAGCCUGCGCACCCAGAACAACUUCUUCCUCCUCAACCUGGCCAUCUCGGAUUUCCUCGUAGGUGCCUUCUGCAUCCCCCUCUACGUGCCCUAUGUGCUGACGGGGAGAUGGAUCUUCGGGAGAAGCCUCUGCAAACUCUGGCUGGUGGUUGAUUACUUGCUGUGCACCUCUUCGGUCUUCAACAUCGUGCUGAUUAGCUACGACAGGUUCCUGUCGGUGACAAGAGCGGUCGCCUACAGAGCCCAGCAAGGCAACACCAGGCAAGCAGUGCUGAAGAUGGUGAUGGUGUGGGUGUUGGCAUUCCUGCUCUACGGACCUGCCAUUAUCAGCUGGGAGUACAUAUCAGGCCAGAGCAUCAUCCCCAGUGGGGAAUGCUAUGCCGAGUUCUUCUACAACUGGUAUUUCCUCAUGACAGCCUCCACGCUGGAGUUUUUCACCCCUUUCAUCAGCGUGAUGUUUUUCAACCUGAGCAUUUACCUGAACAUCCAGAAGCGCACCAAAAUGCGCCUGGACGUUUUCCACGAAGUGCACAACCAGUCCUUCACUGAAGAGGUGGAAAGGAGCCCAGAAGCAAAGCUUUCUUUGAAAUGCUGUAAGUGGGAGCAGAAGGAGUCAGCUGAAACCCUCGACCUCUCUAAGAUCAAAGCUCAAGCAGCAGCCUCCACUUCCAGCCUGGAUGCCAAAGACCUGCUGGAAACGGAGAGCUCCAGGAAACCCAAGUGUUGCAACAAAAAGAGCUGCAAAAACUCAGCCUCCACUCUGUCCUCAGACAAACGGGUGAAGAUCGUGUCCCAGAGCACGACCCAACGCUUCAGGCUCUCCAGGGACAAGAAAGUGGCCAAGUCACUGGCAAUCAUUGUGGGCAUUUUUGGGAUUUGCUGGGCACCAUACACUCUCCUGAUGAUCAUCCGCGCUGGCUGCCACGGCCAGUGCAUCUCUGAGUUCUGGUAUGAGACUUCUUUUUGGCUGCUCUGGAUCAACUCAGCUGUCAACCCUGUCCUAUACCCUCUCUGCCACUCCAGCUUCAGAAGGGCUUUUAUUAAACUCCUUUGCCCCAAGAAGCUGAAGAUUCAGCCUCACUAUGCCCUUCAGAACUACUGA